UGUGCAUGAUGGUGUGAUUCAUUUCACUUGAGUUGUUGGGUUAAAGCACUCUGUCUUGAAGUCACUCUGCACCAUGACGAACUCAUGAGCGCUUAGUGUACAGUGGAUUUUUUGGAAAGCAGUCUCCCCCAUCUGGAAAAGAAAGGUUUCAAACGCACAUUUUCAAAACUCAACGAAAGCCCUUCAAGUAGCACUUUUGAACUCUGUCGAGAUGGCACUGGCAUCGCUCCCGUGCGCUCUCUGCAUAAUAUGGAUAUUUUUGAUCUGUCAUUCGACGGGAACGAGAUAUAUUUACCAGUUUCCCGGCGUAACUGUUCAACGUGUCAGCUCCGAGCGGAGCGCGAGUACCGAUUCACCUCUCAGCGGAUCAAACAUCCAGCCCAGGAACUGGUGCCAGUUCACAGUGUCGCGGACGGUGACAUGCCAGGUGCGCAAUGGGACAGAGACCACAGUGCAGAGAGUGUUUCAAGGCUGCCGCUGGCCAGGACCCUGCUCCAAACUCAUCAGCUACAGGACCGUGGUCAGGCCGUCUUACAAAGUGGCCCAUCGGCAGGUCACUGCUCUGGAGUGGAGGUGCUGUCCUGGGUUUACAGGAGAUCAAUGUCAAGUAGAGUACAUGAACUGCACCGGCUUCACUGACAUGAAUAGCAGACUGAACGACAUCGAGUCCAAGAUUAAACUGCUAGACGGGGCAGGUUCACCAUCACCAUCCUUCAACAACUCAACAGAGGUUUCCAGUGAUAACGAGGUGUACACCCCUAACCCCACCCCCAUAGGUCCUCCAUCCUACCUGGAGCCAGGAGGAAGAGGACCACCAGGACCACCAGGGCCAAUCGGAUCACCAGGUAUUCCAGGCCCAGCUGGCGAGGCAGGCGUUCCAGGACAGACCGGACCGACAGGGCCAAUGGGAGAGCGAGGAAGACCCGGAGAGAUCGGUUUUCCAGGCCUCCCCGGACCUCCAGGCCCUCCAAGGCCACGUCACUCCUCUACCCAGCCGAGGGGUGACAUGUUCGGGUUCGACGAGCAGGAGGAAACACCUCUUACUCCAGAUCUUCCUGAGUUCGUAGCCGGCCCUCCCGGUCCACCUGGUCCCCUUGGACCCCCAGGUCCCCCUGGACCAAUCGGACCAGCAGGAGUUCCAGGUCUCCCAGGGCGAGACGCAGAGGGAGGCCUCCAAGGCACGGCUGGGGACCCAGGGUCUAAAGGAGACACAGGGGAGAGGGGACCUCCAGGAUUAACAGGGGAGCAUGGCCAGCCUGGGCAGUCUGGGCAGAAGGGGGAGCCAGGAGAGGGUUUACCUGAGGGGGGAGCUGAGGGUGUGCAGCAGCUGAGGGAAGCUCUCAAGAUCCUGGCAGAGAGAGUUCUGAUUCUGGAACACAUGAUUGGCAUCCACGAGAGUCCAGUGGAGUCCGGCUCUGGACUGGAGAGCCUACCAGAUUCCUUCCCAUUUCCCGCCAUGAGGACCAGGAAGGCCGAGUUCACCAUCAAGACAGGACGACUUCAGCCUCUCCAACUCUCCUCCAAUCCUCAAGGAAACAAUCUGCCUAUAGAGGUGGUCAGACAGAGACGAGGUCUGUUUUAAGACACCGAUGAAUUUGAUUUUUUUUUUUAGGGGGUAGAUCAGCUUUAAUAUUGCAGAUAGAUUGCACCUUCCAUCAAUGUAAUUGUCUGCAUCAUUUCCAAACCCCCAUGUAUUGUUUUUUUAAAUAUAUAUACAGUGCAUUUGCAAAGUAUUCAGACCACCUGACUUUUUCUACAUUUUGUUACGUUACAGCCUUUUUCUGAUUUUUUUAAAUGUUUCCCCUCAUUAAUCUACACACAAUAUCUCACAAUGACAAUGCGAAAACAGGCUUUUAAAAAUGUUUGCAAAUGUAUUACAAAUAAAAAAAUAUCACACAGGAAAUAAAACAAAUAUUAUAAAACUCCUUGCACACCCAGCUGGUGAUGGUGAUAUAACUGAGUAGAACAAUCCUUCUACACCAUACUGACAUCAUUACCUACAUCCUUCAUCCAUUUACAGAAGUAU